AUGGCCGUUGCAUCCAUCGCCUGUUGGAUCCUGUUUGCAAUUUACGUGGUUGCAAUUGCUGCAUCUGAAAUUACUUUCAGACACUUGAACGCCAAGUACAAGUGGAUUAGAAGAGAAUCCAGAUUAUUAACUGCUCUUCUUGAAGAUUUUGACAAUGUUUCGCGAUCGCGGAACAAAAUAAUACAGAAAGCCAAUCAUCAGCUUUUGGAUCCCCAACUCAUCCAAGCUGGGAUGACUGCACGAGUUCUGAAUGAAUGGGAGGAAGGCUGGAUGAACAAAGCAAGAGAAGUAGCCUCCGAGGCAACUCGGUGUGUUCGAAUACUGGGAAACAGAAGAACCUCUCCCAAGUGGUUUGUUUUGAUCUCAACUGAUCUGGUACCGAUGCUUCAGCUGGCCCUUCGGAUGAAGGGCCUCAAUCAUUUCCUUGGGAAGAAGAAACUCGACGUUGACCCCAGGAUAAACCCACUCAAUAGUCUCCUCUGGAAGAAGAAAAUAAGUGCCAGCGACAUCUGCAGAUCACUGGAGCAGUCCAGGUCAUGGGUUAGUAGCCUGCAGAACAGAUCUGUGGUUGGUGAGAUAUUGGAGCAGUCCACGCCCUGGACCGGGCCACCUGUUAGCUUAAGAGCUGAGGAAUUGAUCUCCUCUAUAAAGAACCUGAUCGCUGAAAACCCGGAAUUCAUCAACUCCAGUACUACAAUGCAUUUAGAGCUGCUGCAUGCUUUCAUGAAAGAUUUGCAACCGCUCAGACUGGAAACUGAAAUGGAGAAGUCCUGGGUGGUGGAAGCAAACGAGACCAUCGACGAAGCAAACGAGGCCAUUCACACCAUAAACAUUACAGCAGCAGAUCAGAGAAGUUGGUGGCUUUCAGUUGUGUGUAACCGGAGGGAUAGGCGGAAGCUUAAGGAGGUCAUCCUCCGCGUCGGCACCUGGAUCUCUGACCUCCUGGAAACAAAGGAAAGAUAUGGUUUUAAAUUUGUCAGACGACAAUCCUCAAAAUUAUCUGCCAACAGGUUUCCUCAACAGCGAAGCUUCAAGUAUCAGACUGCAGAUGAUAUGGAUGCGGUGAACAACAUUCGUAACUGGCUGAAUCAACUGGCAAAAACAAGCGAUGAAUUAGUAUCUCACGUCAGCGCACUGAGCGAGGAGUUGGAGCAGAUGCAUACAUUUCUCAAACAUACAAAAGCAACUGAAGAUUAUGCUAUUAAUUUAAGAAAUGCUUGCUUGGAGCAAUUGAAGAAACUGGUUCCUGAAGCAGAUCAGCAGUCCUCAAACGUCCCCAAUAAUGAAGGUUCAGGGUCCAAGCUUCUCUCAAAAAUUACCCGGAUCAAUUACACUGUGAAUGUUCUUCAAAGAUGCGUACAAGCGUAUUCCAUUGAGGCAAGACAGGAGCUAUGCUCAGUUGUUGGUUUGGAGGAAGACAUACAUGAACUGGUCAAGAGACUGGCUGAUAAUGGUGAACAGCGUCGUCCUAUCAUUUCCAUUGUGGGGAUGAAGGGUGUUGGUAAGACCACUCUGGCGAAGAAAGUUUAUUACCAUAGUACUAUGGCAAACCAUUUUGAAAUCCGUCGUUGGGUGACCCUGACUGAUGCUGAUCAAGAUUCUGAUGUAAAUGCACUUUUGGCAAGUGUUGGAAGCCAGGUCUUGGAGACCCAAGAGAAAGGGGAUGGAAAAGAACACUGGAUCAAUAAAUUGCAUGGUUUCUUGGAGCCAAAGCGAUACCUUGUAAUUCUGGAUGGAGUCUUGUCAAUCCAAACCAUGCAUGCUCUCAAAGCAGCAUUCCCAAAAGUGGCAAACGGGAGCAGAAUUUUGCUCACCACGCGGAAAAAGGCCAUUGCUUCAGCUGCUGACCAAAAUAGCAUUCCCCACCAGCUUCGUCUGCGAACCAAAGAAGAGAGCUGGGAGCUCUUUACCCAGAUGGUGCAUUGUCCUCCGGAACUUGAAGCUCUCGGCAAGAAAGUUGUAGGAAGAGGUGGAGGCUUACCACUUGUCAUCUUACGCAUUGGGUAUCCACUGUCCGGGAAGAAAGUGACAUCUGAGGAAUUAGAGGUGCUAGAGGGCAUCACUCAGCAGGAACAGAACCAGAAACCAUGGUUAGAGAACCUGGAAGUGAAUAAAGAGGAUUUGCAAUCACACCAAAUUCUUGGUAAAUGUUUUUCGUACUUCCAACUCUUUUCUGGGAAUUUUGAAAUCCCUGCGAGGAGAAUAGUCACUUCAUGGGUUGCACAAGGACUGGCACAAGUAAGCGGAGGUGGGAAAACAUUACAUACUCUUGAAAAUGUUGUAUAUGAGUAUCUAUUGGAGUUGAUUGGUCGUAAUGUGAUUCAAGUAGUUCAAAAAAAUCUUGAUGGGAAGGUGAAGACAUGUUGCUUGCCUACUGCUCUGCGAGAUCUCAUGUUGCAAGGGGAAGGCAAUAGCAGCAAAGCUACCAGUUUAAGCGGCCAACUUGCCUUUCAUUUCGAUGAUAAGGAUGCCCGUUUCCAUAGUGGUGUCAACGCAAAUUCCCCAAUGGUUAUGCAAAAUGAAAGCCAACAACAUUCCAUUCUCCUCUUUGAUAGUCAAGAAGGAAAUAAGCCCCGGGAGGAAAUAGGCGAGUUUCUUCAGAGUGGCAUUAUUGGUGGUUUCUUUGGACAGCUACAGGUUCUUGACCUUGAACGUGUAUGCAUGCCUGAAAUUCCUAAGGCCAUUGGAAAAUUAAGGCAGUUAGCAUAUCUGGGGUUAAGGUGGACAUACCUAUCGGCGAUCCCAGAAUCGAUAGGCAAUUUGGUUAACCUCCUAACACUAGAUUUGAAGCAUACUUAUGUUCGAAUUCUCCCUAGUUCAGUUCGGAAAUUGAAGAAACUUCGGCAUCUCUACUUGAAUCAGAAUAUUCAAAUGUCUGCACCAACUUCCCUUCCCUUGAGCAAUUUGCAGACAUUAUCAGGUGUAUUUGUAGGUAUGGACAAGCUUGUGAAAGACCGGCGGGACAAGUUGAUCAACCUUCGAAAACUGGGGUUGACAAUCCAGUUGGCACAACCAGAGCAAAAGGUAUUGGCAAAAUGGAUUAUGCAGCUGACCAAAUUGCAGUCUUUGAAGUUGGCAUCGCUUAAUGAGAAGAGUGCACCUCAGCUUCUGAAAUUAAAACCUCUGUCAAAACUUGAGAAACUCUCCAGCCUAUAUUUGUUGGGAAGGCUUGAAAACCCUGCAUCCAUCAUAGGUGAACUCCCAGCAAGUCUCACUCGUCUUACCUUAUCGGCCUCCGGGAUCCAAGAAGACCCGAUGCCAAUGUUAGGGAAGCUUCCAAACCUUAAAUCGCUGAAUUUGAAAUCUGGUUCGUAUGAAGGACCAAACAUGGUUUGCUCCAUGGAUACCUUUCCCCUGCUUUUGGUUCUGAAGCUUCGGAAUCUAGAUACUCUGAAAAAAUUGGAUGUGCAAGAAGGAGCAAUGCGAAACCUUAGGGAGUUAGAGAUUAAAUCCUGCAGGAACUUUACAAUCACUACUGGAUUGACACACUUAAAGAUCCUCCAGACAUAUGAAGUUAACUGA